UUGCAAAUGGCCACCCGUUACCACACGGCACACACACCAUGCACACACACUGGUCUGUUUUUGUCUGAUAAAUUGUUAUAGGUCCCGGCUGCUGUGUAUAUAUCCUAGUUUAAAGAACCAUGGCCCAGACACAGCAGGACUCUCGUAGUACGUCUACAGCUGAUGUCAGUGCUGGUAUUAUCCCAGACUCCAUAAAUCCUGACAUUCAAAAAGAGCGAGACAAUGCAAUGCUCAACAAGGAACUCAUUACUCAGAUGACGUACAUCAUCGAUGGGGGGAAAGAGUUUACCGAACGCAGACGUCACAUAGAAUCCUGUUUAUUCCAAGACCCUCUGUUCAGUGAGAGAGAUCGUUACCUCAGGACCUCGGCAGAAACAUUCGACCUUGGUGUGAAGAGGUCUCUACGAAUGAUUGAUUUCAAGAAGACUCACAGCAUCACCUUCUCAGAGAUCUGGGAUAUAAUUUACAGGGCCCUGAGUAAUGAGCAGACGUUUGGGAUUCAUGAUUUGAUGUUUGUCACGUUCAUUGAGAAUCAAGGGACUGAAGAACAGAAGGCUCGCUGGCUGGAUGAAGCAAGGAAUAUGAGAAUGUUGGGGACGUACGCCCAGACGGAACUUGGCCAUGGUACCUACAUUCCAGGCCUUGAGACCACAGCGACAUACGACCCAUCAUCGCAGGAGUUUAUUAUCAACACACCCACCCUGACAUCAAUGAAAUGGUGGCCUGGAGCACUGGGCAAAACGUCAACUCAUGCCGUAGUGCUGGCUCAGCUGAUUAUCGGAGGCAAGAAUUACGGUCCGCAUGCCUUCAUGGUACAACUCAGGAGUCUUCAAGAUCACUGCGUUCUGCCAGGUAGAUCAGUAGGAGUAAUCGGAGAUAAAUGGAACUAUGCCGGAACAGACAAUGGUUACCUUCGUCUCAGAAAUGUCCGUAUUCCAAGGGCAGACAUGUUCAUGAAGUAUUUCCAGGUGUCGUCUGACGGUGUCUACACCAAACAAGGUAACCCCAAGGUGCUGUACAGUACAAUGAUGGUGGUUAGACUCAAGAUUGUACAGGAGUCCUGGCAAUCGUUAGCCCGCGCCCUUGUGACUGGUAUCCGGUACAGUGCUAUCAGGAAACAGGGACCUAUGGACCGAGGGGGACCUGAGGUGUCAAUUCUCGACUACCAGACCCAGCAGGAGAAGUUAUUACCAGGGUUGGCAACGGCCUACGCCUUCAAUGCUGUCGGUAAACGCCUUCAACAAGUCUUUAAUAAAGUACAGGCGGAUAUCUCUAAGGAGCACUUCAGCAGUUUACCAGAGCUUCAUGCACUGUGCUGCGGCUUGAAGUCGUUCACCACUGGUACGGCCGUUGGCUUCAUUGAGAGUGUACGGUUGGCGUGUGGCGGGCACGGCUACCUACUAAGCUCAGGUAUUCCCUACACAUACUCACGAACCGCAGGUGGCUGUACGUAUGAGGGCGAGAACACUGUCAUGAUGUUACAGGUUGCAAGGUACCUGCUGAAGAGCGCCUACUCAGCACAGAAUGGUAUAGUCCUCGCUGAGUCUGUUGCGUACUUAGCUGUGGAUACCAGUGGUGAGUCGUGGUCAGCAUGUACAGAGAGUGAUGUGAGGGAUACCAGUUUACUCAUCAAGGCAUUCCAGCAUCGGGCACACAGGCUGGUCAACCAUGUUGGUCAGCGUGUUGCUCGUCUGAUGGGAGAAGGGCACAGUCAAGGCACAGCAUGGAAUAACUCUACAAUAGACCUUGUGCAUGCUGCUAAGGCCCAUGUUGAGUUUUAUACAGUAGUUACCUUCUGUGAUGUGAUUAAGACGUUAUCGGCAGACCCAACCAUCUUGAAGAUUCUUCAAACCUUAAGCUGUUUCUACGCUGUGUUCUUGAUGGAUAAGAACAUUGGUGACUUUAUGCAGGAUGGUUAUGUGACAUCAGACCAAGCUGAGAUGGUUCACAGUCAAUACUUUGCAUUACUGGCUCACCUCAGGCCGGAAGCUGUCCCCUUGGUGGAUGCGUUUGACUUUACCGACCUCACCAUUCAUUCAGUGCUUGGUUGCUAUGACGGUAAUGCAUACGAGAGACUGUAUGAACAUGCCUUAAGGGACCCUAAGAAUAAAACAGAGAUCCAUGAGACUUACAGCAAAUACCUGAAGCCACUGUUGACAGGACAGAAAUCUAAGCUGUGAAAUGUGACAACAACAGGUGUGCAAGGUCAAAGGUCAUAGAGAUGCUCAGCUUCCUGCCAAUAAUUUUGAGUCUUUCGCAUCCACCGCUAUCAUUUGUAUUAAUCGACAGAGGCAAACAAAUGGGAUAAAUCAGUGCUAAAGAAAUCAUAAACACUUAACUACUAUAAAAGUAAAUAAAUAUAAUUGUAUUAAAAGGCGGUUUUAAAGGCGGUUUUGGAAAACCCUGUCAGUUCAAAAGCAGGCCUGGAUACAACGGCCAUGGACGCAAAUGUGGCCUUAGUUUUGGCCUUGGUGUCUGUCCCUUUAAAUGAAAUUCCACGCCUGCAAAAGACACUUACCAAAAUUGCAACGAAGAAACUCAUCGCAAAUGAAAAAAACGAAUUUAACUGUUAAUGGGGGCAGAAUAUUUGUAACAAGUUGCGUGUUCAUUUGCCUAUACCAAUCGGUGGUCAUAUUGAUAAACAGAGAAAGUCUAUAUUUAAUACCAAAAAUAAUUCUAUUUAAGCUAGCACUUCUGUAUUUGUACGAUAUAAUUGACAAUGGCGUUAGUUCCAACACGAUAACCUCCAUUGGCAGAACUAGACAUGUUUAUAUGCAUAAUUAUUUUUUUAUUUGAACCAAAGAUAUUCUUUAUCCCCAAUGCAAAAAUUAACAUCUAUUAAAUUGUUGCGAUACACACUGCUAAGGAUUGGAUUUGAACUGCCUCUAGCCAUCUGGCUAGCUCAGUGUUCUAGAGGUCAGCGUCUGCUCUAGCAUUGCGAAUACAUGGGUUCAAAUCCCACCUCUGUGAUUUACCUGUUGGUUUGAGAAUACAGACCUUUACAGUAGUAUUCAUCGGUGUAAGGGUAAACAAACUAAAAUUUUAUAAUGGUGGUUUUAGUUUUAGCGAAAAAGCAAACAAACCUUUAUUAAUUUUUUUCUAUGAUCUCAUGGGGAAUAGUAAAGGGCUGUUGAAGAACCCCCCCCCCCCCCUGGUUACAACACUUUAUACAUCACCACUCUCGUUAAAAAAAAAAUUAAACAAGAACUUUUGCAAACUUUCAACCUCAUAUACAAAAAUUUACUUUUGUUUAGAAAAUAUAGACGUUUGGGUUAUUUGAAUGAAUAAAUAAUUCCAGUUGAAAUAUAAAUUAUGGAAGCAAACUUUGCAAACUUUUAAAAAUAAAUCAGGGAGAAUGCACUGUUACAGUAUUGAAUUUGAGAAUAAAGUUUACUAAUUUUAUAAUUUAUUCGAAAGUAAGAAAGGAACAUUUAUGUACAGAUUUUCAGUUGAAUUACAAGAAUAACAAUUUAAAUGAAAGUACAAUAAACACA